AUGUUACUUAAUUACAAGUCUAUACUUCUUGAAUCAGAUUAACCUAUUUGGAAAAAAGUUGACAAAAAUAUUAGAUUGAAUGAAUUUACUAAAGAAGAGUUAUUUUAUUAUUCAAAAAAGCAUAAAGACUAUAAGAAAAAGACAUUUGCUAGGAAGGAUUCAAUUAUAUUGAAAUUUGGUAAAGGAGAAGUAUAUUUAUAAUUUAAAAUAGGAUGAUAUAAUGUGUUGUAAUGUUAGUAACUUUAUAUUAGAAAUUAUCAAUCAUCAAAAAUUAGGAUCUGGUCUCAAGUUAAUUUCGAAUACUUAUUGUUUUGAAGUUUUUGGUUAAAUUGAACAAUGGAAUAGAGAUCUUAAAAAAUAUUGUAUUCAAUAUAAUCUUAAAACCAAAUAUACACUUGGGAAAAAACUAGGAAAUGGAAGCUUCGCAGAUGUAAUUUAUAAAAUUAAACAUAAGGUAUAUCAUCUAAUUCACAAAGAGAGUAAGCAAGAAUUUGCUGUCAAAAUAUAUGACAAGACUUCUACUAAAUUUGAUUUAUCUUGUGUUAAAUAAGAAUUAGAUAUUUUACGAUAAAUGGAUCAUCCAUUUACAAGUCAAAUCAUAGAAACAUAUGAAUCAUCAAAAUACUUAUAUUUAAUUCAAGAGUUUUACAAAUAUGGAAGUCUUUAUGAUUAUCUUUUAUAAACUCAAAUUACAGAAGAUGAUGCCAUUAAAACUACCUAUAAAUUACUAGAAGCCUUAGUUAAUAUUCAUUCUAAAGGAGUGUUGCAUAGAGAUAUCAAACCUGAAAAUAUACUACUUCGUAAACCCAAUCUCGAAGAUAUCGUUAUUUCAGAUUUUGGGUUAGCUGUCUAUUAUAAUGAAAAUGGGAAGUAUAAUCAUUAAAGAGCUGGUACUCCUGGUAGUAUUGCUCCAGAAAUACUCAAAGAUUAGAAUUAUGAUUAUAAAGUCGAUGUUUAUGGAUUAGGAAUUGUACUUUAUUAAAUGUUGACAUCAAAGUAAUCUCCCUUUUACAAUCAAAAUUAUUAAAAGAUGUUGUCUGAAAAUUAAGAAGGUUUUAUAGAUUAUUCAUUAAUAAAUUCCUCAUCUCAAACUAUAGAUUUACUUACUAAAAUGCUUGAUCCUGACCCUUCUGCAAGAUAUACAGUAAUACAAGCUAAACAAGAUUAAGUAUUUAAGAAAUAUAAUCGAUAAACAAUUAUAAUAAAGAGAAAGAAAAUAGUUUAGGAUAAAACUGCUUCUAGUUUUAGUCCAAGAAGUAAUUCCAUAUUUUUUAGUCCAUCCCCAAAAUAAACUCCUCCUAUAAUUAUUUCAAGUCCUAAAAAUUGUUCUUAAUUCAAUAAAAGAAUAUUGGGAAUCCCAUUAAGAUCUAAAAAUGAUGAUAGAAGAUAAUUUUUUUCUCCAAAUUCUUUCAUCAAUAAUGGAAUCCCUUAAAAUUCAGCUAGAAAACAUUAUCAAAUGUCAACUAAUCAAACUAGAAAGAGUAUUUAUUAAGGAAUUAAUUCUUAUAAACCUGCAUUUUGA